AUGCUGGACAGCAGCAAGGAUAACCUCAAGGUUGAUGCCAUGAAGCGGAUCAUCAAUUUAAUCGCAAAAGGGAAGGAUGUCAGUGAGCUGUUUCCCGCUGUGGUGAAAAAUGUUGCUGCAAAAAACGUAGAGCUCAAAAAACUAGUAUAUGUCUAUUUGGUGCGCUACGCGGAGGAACAACAGGACCUUGCAUUGUUGUCAAUAAGCACCUUUCAAAGGGCCUUGAAGGACCCUAAUCAACUGAUAAGAGCCAGUGCUCUUCGAGUACUGUCUUCUAUCCGAGUUGGUAUGAUUGCUCCUAUAAUGCUUCUUGCUAUCAAGGAUUCUGUCAGAGACAUGAGUCCGUAUGUGAGAAAGGUCGCUGCCCAUGCUAUUCCUAAACUUUAUUCACUUGAGCCAGAUCUCGAAGCUGAAUUGGUAGAUUGUAUAGACUUUCUCCUUGCUGAUCGACGUAGCCUAGUUCUAGGCAGCGCUGUUUAUGCUUUUCAAGAGAUUUGUCCUAAUCGUCUCGAUUUACUUCACAAGCAUUUCCGAGCCCUAUGUCGUGCUUUAGCUGAUGUUGAUGAAUGGGGCCAAGUAAUGAUGAUUAAUUUGUUGACGCGAUAUGCUCGUUCGGAACUCGCUGAUCCCGAGCUUCUUCCCCAGCCCGAUGUGGAUCUCACUCUUCUGCUUAACUCAGCGCGACCUCUUCUUCAGUCUCGUAACUGCAGUGUUGUUAUGGCAGUCACACAGCUAUUCUACUACAUAGCACCAAAGGCACAGCUUUCACAGGUCGCUCGUGCAUUAGUGCGUCUCCUUCGAGGACCACGUGAAGUGCAAUACAUAGUUUUGCUGAACAUCGCAACAAUUUGUGAACGCAAUCCGGUACUUCCUGGAACAUAUGCAAUAUCAAAAAACAUGUUCGAUCCAUUCUUGAAGUCAUUUUUCGUGCGAUCCUCUGAUCCUUGCUUCGUCAAAGAAUUGAAAUUACACAUUCUCACGAGUCUAGUAUCUGAAGCAAAUGUGCACAUAAUUCUCAGGGAGCUACAGACUUAUGUCGGCAUGAGUGAUCUGGCUGGAGCUGCCAUCGAGGCAAUUGGAAGGUGUGCGGUUCGGGUUAAAGCUGUGAGUGAACAGUGCUUGGCUGGACUUGUUCAGCUCAUAACCUCACCGAACGAGAACGUAGUUUGUUCCGCAGUAGUGGUUUUGAAAAGGCCAGUUUGUCGACUACUUCAUGCUGAAGCUCCUACUCCGUUACUCUCACGAUUAGCUCGUCUGAUCCGUUCAAUCCAAGCACCUCCUGCAAGAGCUUGCAUUGUAUGGCUCAUUGCUACGCACGUAGAAAAGGUAGAUUUUUAUUCCCUCUCUUGCAUUUGUUUUUACUGCCCAUAUAGCACACCUUUGAACGAAGUAUUUAUAAACCUGUUUUGGGUGGAAACACUGAAGUUAGCCGUAAAACUGUGGAUGGUACGUCGCGAAGAAAGCGAGAAGCUUGUUCAUUACGUUUUUCAGUUAGCAAGAUUUGAUUUGAGCUAUGACGUCAGAGAUAGAUGCAGAUUUUUGAGAAAUCUGCUGUUUAAUACCACAGUUCUAUCUCAACAUGCGGAGCAGAUAUUCAUGGCGAAAAAGCCAGCACCUGCCCUUCAAAGCAGUUUCAAAGAACGAGAGCAGUUUCAGCUAGGAACAUUGUCUCACGUUUUGAAUCAGCGCUGUGCACGCUAUUAUGAUUUGCCUACUUUUCCUCAGGUGUCGUCUGAUCCCGCUUUGCGACGAGAGGCAAAUUCUCCAGAAGAGUUCAAGUAUAAUGAUGAGGAGGAGGUUGAAGAAGAGGAUGAAGAGUACGACGAGGAUGAAGAAGAAGAGGAUGAGGAAGGAGAGGAAGAGGAAGACGAAGAGGAAGAAGGAAGUGGUGAGGCUGAAGACGAAGAGACAGCUGAAGAUGGAAGCUCGGAAGAAGGAAGUGGCGAGGAUGAGAGCGAAGAGGAAUCGGAUAGA